AUGCUCCAAAGCCGCGCCUCCCGCGAACAUCUGGUCCUACGCGCCGAGACGGAGCAAGACGACGUGCCUGACCUCCGCACCAUUGGGAGCGGCGAGUACAUCGACACCGCCAUCCUCUCACGCCUCAUCGUUCGCAUGGAGAUGAAGAUGGCGUGGGAUCUCAUGCUGGCCAACAACUUUGGCGACGUCAACACGGGCGACGGCACAGCUGGGAUGGCGCUCUGCGACUGUUGACCAUACGCCCGCCGUCACCAGGAAGCACCGAGGGAAGUCAAAUCGUCGCGCGCCGCACUUGCAACCUCGAGAGAUUCCAUCGGGCAGAAAGACAUUCGACAGAGGAUCGUCGUGUACGAUGGCGCCUGGUUAUAUGGCUUCCGGUGCUAUGGGUGAAAACGACUGCUUCUGCGCCUUCUCCCAAGAUUGAAA